AAAACAUUAUGCAGGUCUAUAUUCAGCUCCAUCGUCCCAUCCAUAUUUGUCAAGGAGUAACUACGAACAGCAUCUAACCAACUUGGUCUUCACGGUGGAGGACAUUCGUCAACUCUUGCACAAGAUCAACCCAUUCAUCGCGUUGGGGCCCGACAAGGUCCAUCCAAUGAUCCGGAAAGAAACGUCCUCCGCACUGGCAAAUCAUCUACAGCUGGUGUUUCGCCAGUCGCUUGACGAAGGCCGCCUUCCAUCUGGUUGGAAGGAAGCGAUUGUCAUGCCAACCUACAACACUGGUGACCGACUAUCGCCUGGCAGCUACAGGCCUAUAAGCCUCACUAGCGUGCCAUCGAGUGCCUUGCUUAUGCUUGGUGAGAAUGGACCAGAAAAUAUCAUGAGGCUAGACGCCGAAAGGGUUUGUGUAUCUGGCUCCCCUCAAACUUGUCCUCCUCCAUGUAUCGUGGGAAAUCGGCUUGGAUCAUUUGGCGCACCUUCUCCCGUAUUACUCGCAUGGACUUCCAAAUACUCUAUGGGGCCUACGACGCACGAAAACGUUACCCUCAUUGAGCGUGUCCAGCGAGCCGCUACGGGAAUGGCUGUCGGCCUCAAAUCCGUGGACUGCAAAGAGCGUCUGGCGGUGCUGGACGGCUUUCACCUACAGAAUCGUUGCCUCCGAGGGGAUCUAAUUCCUAAUUAUGCCCUGCUUGAACAAGUGGACGGUUUCGGUCUUAUGGACGCCGAUCCGUCUGUGGUGCUGGAGUGGUUGGAUGCAAAGAAUGGGGAUCUACGAGACCUGCAGUUGACUGCUUUGGAACAACUCUGCAACGAGGUUCUAUUUUCCGAUAAUGUGGAUGUGUUUUGCGAACGUUAUCCUCCACGGUGUGUUCUUCCUGUGUUAUGCCGUAUCUUUCUGGACGACCAAGCACCUCCCAUGGUUCUGGAGGCAAACGCACGUGCAGUUUCUUACUAUUUGGACAUGGAGUUAGAAUGGUGCAACUACAUUACUCACUAUAAUGAUGUGAUGAGUGCACUGGCCUCGCAUUUAGAAUGUGUGGAUAUGAAUUCUACAAAAAGCAACGAGUUUGGACAACAGUUGAUCAAGCUGCUGAAGAUAAUUUGUACCUACGAUGCUCACCCCCUGUACUCCAAUGGUGGUCUCACAGCCGUACUACGUUUUGUCCGAACCAAUGCCUCUUUGUUGCAUACAGAUGUGCUUCAGGCUGGAAUGGAGCUGAUUCGCUGUUUGGUGAGUAAGGCAGAUCCGAAGGAUCCUUCUUUACACAGUUGGAUACAAAUGCUCAGCUCUCUGCUGGAUUUCAAGGAACCAGGUGUCGUCGAUCAGACACUGAGAGCAUUUGCCAACCUGGUAUCUCGCUUCACUAGAAUCGGAGCAGAUCCGAGUCCUCUGGCAGAUCCGCAUAUUGUAGAUCGUUUGUUGCAUCGUCUCUGUGUUGCUGGUGGUGUGGAGACUACGACACUUCAGACUGCUGAUGCCAUCACACUCACUACCGACUCUUCUAAUGCAGGAUUACCACUGGAUUCAACUGGAACAGGUGAUGCACGUGAUAGCGUUUCUACUGCUGAAAGCAAUCCAGCUGUGGUCCACGCGAUAACCAAUAUUCUGGUUACUUUGUGCUGUGCGUCUAGCAACCUAACGCACAGCCUCCUAGCCAGCGAUGGGCAGUUUGCUACCACAUUGGCGAUGCUACUUCAGCGCAGCGAAGACGAGUCCGUUGUGUUGAGCGUUUUACGUUUGGUCAACAUACUAUUGGUUCUGUUAUAUCAGAAUCCAAAUGAAACAGCCAAAAAGUCUCCACCUAUGUCUGAAACAUUGUGUGAAGUAACUCCAAAGGCGACAUCUCUCACAACAGCUCUUCCUGAAACGCUGACCUCCAAGUUAGAUGAGGUAGGCAGUGAAAAGGUUGAAAACGCUUCAGCGAUUGGCGGUGAGCCGGAAGUAAAUACAACUAUUUCGACCAAGGUCGGUGAGACAUCUGCGGCCACGUUACUGCUGCCAACCGAUAGAGAUGUCCUACAUAGACCAAUUAUCGAAGCCAUCAAACGUCAGGAUUUGGAGUUUCUGCGGUCUAGCAUAGCGGAAGGUACCAUCGACGUCAACUACACUGACCACCUGGGACAGACUUUACUCAAUUGGGCUGCUUCGUUCGGAACACCAGCAAUGGUCGAACUUCUGUGCGAUAACGGUGCGAAUGUACGUCAGGGUGUUCGCAGCCCAUUGGAUUAUGCAGCCACAUUCGGCCGUGUCGAUGUGUGCCGCACAUUACUGGCUCGUGGUGCCGACCCGAAUCAACGCGAUGUGCGUGGCUUGCGUCCGAUUGAUCGUGCUCGAGAUCACCUACCUCAUCCAGGCUGUCAGCAAGUAAUCGACCUUUUGGAACAGGAGAGCAAACGUUCAUCCAAUCGAAUCACCUGCGUGGAAUUACAAUCAUCACCUCCCACGCCUACUGUCGUUCCACCACGAAUUCAAAUUACCACCCCAAAUGAGCAAGAAGUUAAGGGAGACCAAAUUCCCGGUGUUUGGACCCACCAUGACUUUGUCAACCGUUUACUUCCGGUCGUGGUUGAUCUGUUCGAUCACACCCCCUCACCGGUCGUAAAGCGCCAGUGUUUCUUGCUCGUUCGUCGUAUGGCCAUUUUCAUACCUUCGGAUCAGUUGGAAAAAGUCAGCUUGUUUCAAACCCAAACACUGCCUUUCUCCUUUUUGCUAACCCAACUCAUCCAUAAAGUGUUCAUUGAGGAAACGGACGAAUACGUCCUACGUGCUCUGGAGCUGAGUCAUUGUCUUCUCACCAAAGCUGCUUCCGUGUACGUGCCAGCGUUCUUCCGCUUGGGUCUUGUCCCAUUGAUCAAACAGCUCGGAGAUAUCUGGUCCCAUCUUGUUCCUUUGGAAGAUCCUACAACACACGACACUGAUCUGAUGGUUGUAAAUGAAGAACAGAGUCUGAUCAAACAACCUGCCCCUGAGAGUGUAGAUGGCAAGAAAGAAGAGUCUACUUCUGACAUAGUGAAUCCACCAGAAAUGCCUCUGGCUUCCGCGAUACGUUUGAGCAGCAAUCAGUUCUAUACCUGGCACGAUUGGAACCUUAUUUGGAUUGGCGAUUUGUUAUCAGUGUUCAAUCGAUUCGCUUUUAUCAUCAUACAACUUCAUGUGACAGACGGUUGUUUGCGAGCCUUGGCCGUGCACACUGGCAGUUCACAUGAACGCAUCCCGAUUGUAUUGCAACCUGGUGAACCUGCAGUCGAACGACCGAGUCUUAAACAUCAUAUGUUUCGAAUGCACCAACACUUGGUGGAUGCGUGUAAUAACUCUGAGAAGACUGCACUCUGGGCUACCGAAACGAAGCCGGAAUCCACCACAGCAGACGAACCCCGGUCGCUUUCGUCCCGUGCCAUGGCCCGUUCGCCUACAAACAGAUCGCACGUAGGAAAACGCAAUUUGCACCGAAUCGGCCUACACCUUGGUCUUCGGCGUCCACCCGAUCCCCCUUACGAACCUAAAGAUAAAAACAGUCGUACAAGUAAUAAGUCCUCUCUUCAACGUCAAGCGUCUUCGCCAGCUCGCGUCUGCAUCUCCUCUCGCCCGUUUGUCGGGCAUUCGCGUAACACCCAGGCGGAAGUUCGAAAAGUCUCUAACGUUGCUAUUAUAGGGCCCGUGAUAUGUAGCCUUCGUCAAGUCUUACACGGAACACGGUUGUGUUUGCAAAUGCGCUGUCCUAGUUCUCCACUCUCUCCUGGCUCUACCCCGAUUUCUGAGGCACUUUUGUUUUCAGAAGAUUGUGAGAUCGGGUUCAGUCGUGUACGUAUAUCACCUCUCUACUGUGACGCACCUUCAACCGUAGCAAAUGCUCCAGUGAUUGCAGGCACUUCAGUUGAAAGUUCUCCACUUUGUGCCUCACAGAAAGAACACUAUAAAGCCACGCCUUCUUGUCGUUCCUCAUUAAGUUUAUCCACCUUACUAUCUGAGCUAGAUUCUGAACUUCAUUCGGAUGGAUCGAACUCAUCUCAGGAGACACAUAUGGCCAACGCAGACCCACCGGAGUUGUAUGACUUCGACCUACUAUUUGGUUUGCAUCGGGAACAAUCCACUACUGAGGGCUCAAUCACAAAUUUGGAGAACGUGGAGACUGUGUCUCUAGAAACAAGCAGAGAGCUGCAGCGUUUGGAUGAACUGCUGUUUCCUCGCGAGUUAGUAUGUGAGACCUACACCAGUGGACCUCUGUCCAAUUGGCUUCGGGGGGAUUCGGAGUAUUUACGUGCAGAAUCCAAGGACCAACAAGAACGAGCAACCCUACGUGUUGAAACCAUACGUAAACAGGCAAUUAAAAUUUCGAGUGCACUCUACGCUCUUCUUCAAUCUGCUGAAGAGGUAACAGAUAUGCCCUCUGCCAGCCUAAGCCAUCGCCGUAGCCUGGAUGGACUGCGAUCUAUCGUUGGGUCUAUAUGGCGUGCGUUCUUUGCAGACAAGUCUUCACAGUCAUCCCUCACCCUUCGCACACUCUCUUCUGUAUUCGCACGGUUGGCCGACCUGUUGAAUUUAGGUGAACAGGCUGUAACGGCCUAUGAGUUGAUCGUCAGCGGAUUGGUCCCAAGCUUAUUGCUGUGUUUGUCUGCCGAAUAUGCAGAUCGUUGGAACUGUCCAGUGUUGCCAAUUGGACUCGACGCAACCACAUCGCUGCUAUGGUACCUCCGUGAACGUCGGCGUACUUUUAUCAAACAUUUGUUACCAAACGCGGGUUUCAGUUGUUUGGGAGUCUUGACGAGACGUCUGGUUGAAGCAUUGGAACUGACGGAACAUCUUCCACUGCGUUUGUAUUCACUGAUGUCUAAUAAAUGCCUGAACACCCAGUCCCCAUGCGAUACUCCCGACGUUGGAGAGGCAGCUUCCAAAACUCUCCCCACAACUCCCACUUCUCCGCUUCUCGAAACAAAUCAGGAACUGGUUUCCUUACCUCUCGGCGUUAUCCGUGCAGCUAACUCAUCCCCUAACCAUCCUUCAUUUUUGCCAAAAAAUCUCCACGAGUAUCAACAGUUUACAGACUGUAUAGACGAACUUGAGAUCGCGAUAAUUCCCACGCUUUGUUCUCAGCUGUUUUCCAAGCAGGAUGAGAGUGAAUGUACCGUGCCUUGGGUUCGACAAAUUGAGGGGCGAUUUUCCUUGGAGUUAGAGAUGCUGCCGACCGGCGAACACAAAACAAGUUCAACCCAGUGUUUGACUGAUUGGAGCAACGCGCAUAUUCGUGCCAGUCCUCUUGUUACUGUAGCUCAGUUGGAGCGUUUUCUCCUUCGUAUGUCUUCUAGACAAUGGUACGAAAGUCCACGUACCACUCUGCGCUUUUGGUCUCAAAUGGAAAGGGCUGCUGGCAGGGGCAUCGUCUUUUCGCCGCCCAUGAACGGAGUCACUUCGGCUGACUGUUUUGGGGGAAUAAUUGAUUGGUUGGCAACCAAUGGUGGCACGCUUCCCUUUGAUGACUGGGCGAAUCCCGGCUUUAUUGGUCUCGUAACUGUGGCAUCUUCUGCCGGAAAUCCAGCGGCUUACAUUCUCGGUCCUCGUGCUGGCGCUCUUAUUGGAAACUAUCCCGUACGGUGCACCGGUUUUGGGUCCAUUGCCCGGCCCCGACGUAUUUCGGACUUCAGUACAACGCCUACCCAAGUUGAGAAUAACAAAAACAAAUUUGGCCUGAAUUCCAGUUUGAUGGCGAAUCAAGAAAACAGAGCUUGGUUCGCAGUGGAUCUCGGGCUGCAACUCUUACCUACCGCUUACAGUUUGGCUUAUCUCAGACAGGCAGAGGUGUCCGCGACUCCCGUUGCUCCUCGGAAUUGGAAUUUGGAGGCUUCCAACGAUGCCAUCACUUGGACGGUCCUUCGUUCUCACGUGAAUGAUGUAAGCAUUCAGCCGCAGUCUGGCAGCCGCAGUACUUGGGCUCUGGACUUAUCAGCAAUAGCACAAGGAAACCCAGAUGCAACAGACAGUGGAAAACAGCAGGGUUGGCGAUUCUUCAAAAUUCAGGCAACCGGUCCGAAUGCCAAUGGCGAUGGAGAGUUAGGCCUCGGGGGUCUGGAUUUCUACGGGAUCGUGUAUUCUGCACACGAAUCUGUCCUUACAGCCCAUCAAAUAACCCAAAAAAUCAACAGCGUUUGUUCAAACUUCAAAGACCUUGAAGAGCACUCAAAAUUGCCACCAUUUCCAAGUUCCAUCGACGCUCCCCAUGGUCGACGUCGAACAAGUUAUCGAGGGGGCACAACAUCUAUACAUACUAAUAGUCCGUCGAAGCCCGAAAUUAAGUCUGAAGAGCAGACUGUUUGUGAAUCACCUAGAUCACCAUCGGAAUCUUCGCCUUUGUUGUCACAAACGGAAGAUAGUAGUGAUGCAAAGCGAAAGCCAGAACCCGUGUCACCGACGGCUGAUGAAUAUGAAGAGGAAGAAAUGGAAGAAGACGACUUAGAUGUCGAUGAUGAUGAUGCUGUGACUGAUGACACAAGUCACAGUAGGACCAUUUCAAGAAGGCUAUUGGAAAGCUUAGGACUGAUGGACAUAGGCAUGAACGAGGAACGCUUCCUUGAGUACUUGUUACUUCUACCGGAUCAACCGGUCAAUAGCCUUCGUCGACUGCUUCGAUCCUUUCGGACGCAGGAUGCAACGGAUGAAGAUGAAUCGCUCUCCCAUCUAUCCUCGCAAAAGUCAAUCAAGGCUCCGGACGCAGCAACCACUAAAGAUAACCAAGCCUCGAAUCAGGUGGACAAAGAUGACGGAUCCACAAAAGACACCUAUUUGAAAGCCAUGCAUACAUCGGAUUCUCAUUUUGCUUACACUCCUAUCGAGUCCGUCGAAGAGUUGAGGCCACACAAGACAUUGUCUACCACUUCUGUGGUCUCAAGCCAUGGCGAUGGGAAUGCGCACGAGUCCUUGUGGUUUAUUGAUCAGGAACCAUCCACUGAUGCAUUUACACGGCGAUUCCAACCAUCCGAUGCUUUCGAUCCGGCUACUGAGGAUGCGGAAGCUCUGGAAUUCGCCGAGGUUGUCGAGGCGAUCAUUGAAAGCAAUAUUUCUUCCAAUGCACCACCUUUUGUCGAUCAUCUGACUGCUUCGGCUAAUGCAUCUGCUACCACUACUACCGCGACUACUGCCACCUCCCUUAUUCCUCCCAUCAGAAAGGAAGAAUACGAAUGCGCUGUAGACACUCCUGAGACCGGACACCAAUCUAUUGGACUUCAUGUUUCACUCCCUCGCAGUGACAAUCGUGAGCGUAAAGAAGGUGCAAAAGUUGCAUCCAAACUCACCUGGUUCAGAAAAAUGCAGGAUGAUCAGGGUGUGGUGUCCGAUCCCGAGUUGUCCUCAGAGCCAAGCGGUCAGGGUUACAGUACAACGGCAAAGGUUUCGACUGCUCGUCGUAGUGGAACUACACGCAGUUCACACACUGAUGAGCCGCUACACUCUGCCCGGGGAUCGGUCCGUCAGACGUGCCUCACUGCGAAAGCGGAUGUUAGGAAAUCCUUACGAGGAGUGGAAACUCAAGAUGAUCAAUAUAGACUAAGUGCAUCUUCUCACCUGUCUUCCAAAUCCAAUAGACAACAGCGUCGGCGUCCCCGGAGACCUCGACCCAGACCAAUCGUACAAUCGAGCACUACCUCAGAGGCGUCAGCUGUUAAUUUGAAGACCACGAGCACUCCGGCUGGCGACAAAGCUCUCACGUGGGACGAGGCGGUCGAAAUGCUUCGUCUUCCCAAUGGGCUUAUACCGGCGUUUAAUCCAUAUCCUGGUUAUACCAAUGCGCCUGCAACCACACUAUUUGUCCUGUGCAAUGCUCCGACCGAUGUUAGAUCGAUGUGUUCAAUCCCCAAUAUCAAUGGAAACUCCCAAAAACAAUGUUUGGUCCUCCAGCUAUCUGUGAUGCGCGAUACUGAAUGCGUUGCUCAAAUUUUUAUGAAGAACAAGGAUUCCACGCUUUUCAGCUAUAUUCAACAAGUGUAUGAAAUUCUAAGAGAUGGUGAUGAACAGAAAACAAGCGAUAAGGCGUACAAACUGAAACUCGGCUAUCGCUGCUGGUUCCCGGAAGAUGAAAUCGGGGCUGAUGGACGCUGUUCUGCACAAUACGCAGAUGGAUGUUCCUUCUUGAAACGGAGUGAUCUUCGGUUGACUCCAUCUCCUCGACAUACUAUCUCGUACAGCGCCGGUGAAGUUCAGGUGACUAUGGUUACAGAAGAUUUUUCCAGCAAUGUUAUACCGGAACAAGUGGUUGAUGGUAUCCCACAGGUUUCCACAACACCAGAAAACCUACUGAACUUGCUCAGAAUAUUCUAUCAGCUCUCUGGGAUCGAUAUUCCGUCUUGGAUUCCACAUCCAACCGGCGAUCCUGUCUUCGCGGAUUCACUGAACAGAACGUCUACCCCGAUCGGGAAACGGAAAAGGCUUCAAUCCACACAAACCUUACUAAGCACUGCUAAUCCGAUUGAUGCAGAGGAUUUUGUUUCGAGACGUCUGACCAAGAAGUUGCUCCGACAAAUCCACGAUCCUAUGGCCUUGGCUACUGGCACUCUACCCAAUUGGUGCUUCAAUCUCCCUCGCUGGUUGAGUCCCUUGUUCACUUUCACUGCCCGCCUUGAACUGCUACGAGCUUCUGGUUUCGGACCAGCAAGAUCUGUUCAUUGGCUACAAAAUCAGCCUUUGGCCAAAGUGCUUGGAACCCAGGCUUCUCUCGGUCGAUCAUACAGCGCUGUUAGCUCAUCAAGUAAUAACAAUCAGACCGUCAUCCGUCUGGGCACAUCCACUAACGCCCGAACUAUUCUGCUCUCCUCGCUACUCAGCAGCUCUGAAGAAUGUUCAGCUUUUGGCACUCAACAUACGCCCGCCUCUUCUGAUAUGAUUGUCUUGCGACCAACCACUUUGACGCGAGUUUUAAACCCCACGCACACAAACAGUGCCACACCAAUUGUAGACGACGGCUCUGCAGACACUCCAUUUCUUGACGUGUUGGUGUCCUCUUUGGCAGCUAACAACAACAGACCGAACGAAAACCGUGAACUGUGGAAUUGUCUACUGUCUAGAGCAGUGCGGGCGAAUGUGUCCACUGCCGCACAGCAAGACACAAAGACUCACCAAGUUGGGCGACUUCAUAAAGAGUUCGUUCGAAUACCUCGUUUGCCACGUGAAAUAAUGGAUUCUACUGAACGUCCAGGUGUUCAGUUGUCGAAUAAGCAGUCGGUUGAUGCUCCUAGCAGCAGAGUAAGCCAAGCCGGUAGCAAUUUCUGGGAUUGGGCAGCUCGGUUAAUGGAUGAACAUGCGGGCAGAAAAUCCGAGUUGGAAAUUCAGUUCAUAGGAGAAGACGGAACAGGCCUGGGACCCACUUUGGAAUUCUAUUCGCUACUCGCAGCCGAACUGAGGCGCCGAGAUGGACUCAUGUGGGUGACCGACGAUUCGAGCUACGUACCUUACGAGACACAUGAAGACGGUCCAGCAAUGCCCACCGUGGCCAGUGUGGCUACUCUGGAUAGCCAGUCCCAGUUGGGUGGAGCCAGUUCAGCUUUUGCUCCGAGUGAGCAAAGCAUCGAUCUUGGGAUCGAAAUUAAUGCCUAUGUGAAUACCGCACAUGGUCUGUUUCCUGCUGCAUGGCCUGGGGAUCGAGUACCAGAAGAGGUUCUUUAUAGAUUCUAUAUUAUGGGGAUCGCGGUUGCGAAGUGUUUGCAAGAUAAUCGCCGGAUCGACUUACCUCUAUCCCCACCUAUGCUCAAAUUACUAACAGCCUAUGGUUCUAUCGUCACCAUGCCACAAACCAUGUCGAGUUCACGUGACUCGCCUAUCACCGUUACCGACACGGAGCCCAAUACUGAAACAAAGCGAUCUGGAACCGACUUCUCCAAGUUCGACGCCUUAGAACGUGCCUUCAGCUACAUGUCAGUCGGGUCUACUAAUUUGGGAGAUCCAAGUGCCGAUAUUGGUAAAUUCCUUUUGUCUGCCCCAUACCGUCGUUUAUGCAAGGCUAACAACGACACGUCACUUCAGUCUACUGAACCUCACUGGUUGGCGAAUUUGUUGGAUCUGGAUGACUUUUGUCUCAUCUAUCCUGAUCGUGCGCAGUUUUUCCGAAAGGUUCUCGAGUUUUGCGGGCAGAAGUUUCUCCUCAAUUUGCGAGCAGGACCGCAUAACUUGGACUCCCAGAAACUUAGAGACUUGGUGAUCGAAAUAUUUGGCUGCAGCUUGGAGGAUAUGUGCAUUGGCAUGGAAUUUUUGCCUCCUUCUAGUCUGUUCGGUACCGCCGGGUUCCCAUUAUGCGACCACUAUUCAUGGGAGCACGAGCCUGGCAUCACACAGUCGGCAUGUCUCACCUUUAGUCUGGAUGACACUAGCGCUGAAACAGAGGUCGAACCUGUCACUGUCCACAAUAUUGAGUUGUUUUUGUUACGUACCCUGGACUUCGCACUGGACAAGGGCAUACGAAAACAGUUGGAUAUGUUCAAAGCUGGUUUCGAACGUGUCCUUCCGUUGCGCUGGUUAGCCCUCUUCAACGGCACGGAACUCGGUGAACUGAUUGGGGGCGAUUCCUCGGCCCACUGGACCCGUGAAGACCUACUUGCUUACACCGUACCUUGCUUUGGUUUCACCCGUCAAUCACCUACUUAUCGUAUGUUGAUCAAUGUGUUGAGCAACUUCGAUCUACCGGAACGUCGUGCUUUCCUACAGUUCACUACCGGCUGUUCAAGCCUUCCACCCGGUGGUUUAAAAAAUCUACACCCACGACUGCGUGUCGUAAGAAAAGAAGCAGGAAGUGCAGCUUUCCCGAGUGUUAAUACGUGUGUUCACUAUUUGAAGUUACCUGAAUACAAAUCCGAACACGAACUGCGCUCAGUUCUGCUCCGGGCAACAAGAGAAGUCGGAUUCUAUCUAAAUUAACUUAGCUUACUUGACGGUUACUGAUACGAAACAGUUCUCAUUGUCAUUUUCCUCCUACCUCAUGGAAUCACCCUUUUCUAUCGACCGCAAUCAUUGUAUACUUCGUGUUUAUGAAGUACACGUGGUAGUAAUCCUUUGACAUCCCAUAAAUGGGCCGAUUUUUUUCAGACCUGCCUUGUCUCUUUUCGUUUUCGCUUGUAAGUUCCUGAAUCUAUUUUCUGAAUAUCAACUUCGCGUCUUUUGAUUUAUCAGUCUGUCCGGAUGACGCGGAGUUCCAAA